ACAAUGGAUGACUUGACGUUUUCUUCGCCUUGUGAUGUGAUGUUGCUGGUGGCAAAACAACACAGAGAGAACUCUUUAUUUUAAUCAAAAGCGUCGACCAUAACAUAUAUUUUACAGCUGUCGAGUCCUUAAUGAUAAAUGAGGUCGACAACGGGAUGUAGCCGAUGAAAUGGAGUAUGAUGAGAGACUUGCACUUUUCCGCCAAACACGCCUCAAUCCCUUCGAUCGUCGAGAGGAAGAAGAUGGCCCGCAAGGAGGCAAGACGCCCCCACUGCAUGAAGCAAGGCCUGAGCUGUUCUCUGGAUCCAGAACACACAGUUCAGACCGAACCAUGGACCUCGGUCUAGCUGAAGACCACUUCUCGAGGCCAAUGGGUUCGUUCGUGGCGUCGGACAUCGAACAGCUUAAGCUGGCUAUAGAGGAGUGUAAAAAGCUGAUCUUGGAGCUGCCUGAACACUCGGAGCGACAGAAGGACACUGUGGUGAAACUAAUCCACCUUCGUCUCAAACUACAGGAACUUAAGGACCCCGAGGAAGAUGAGCCUAAUCUGAGAGUCCUGCUGGAGCACCGCUUCUCCAAGGAAAAGAGCAAGAGUGUGAAACAGACCUGUGACAAAUGUAGCACUAUUAUCUGGGGCCUUAUUCAAACUUGGUAUACCUGCACAGGUUGCUAUUAUCGUUGCCAUAGUAAGUGUAUGAACCUGAUUACCAAGCCCUGCGUCAGGUCAAAGGUCAGCCACCAGUCGGAGUACGAGCUCAGCAUCUGCCCUGAGAUAGGACUAGACCGGCAAGACUACCGCUGUGCAGAAUGUCGCACACCUAUUUCACUGAGGGGCGUGCCGACUGAAGCCAGACAGUGUGACUACACAGGACAGUAUUACUGCAACACAUGCCACUGGAAUGACACUGCCAUCGUCCCGGCUCGUGUCAUUCACAACUGGGAGUUUGACGCACGCAAGGUUUGUCGCUCCUCAAUGCGCUACCUGGCGCUGAUGCUGGCACGACCUGUGCUGAAGCUGAAAGAAAUCAACCCGCUGCUAUUCAACUUUGUGGAGGAACUGGUCGAGAUCAGGAAACUCCGUCAGGAUAUUCUGUUGAUGAAACCCUAUUUUAUUACUUGUAAGGAGGCCAUGGAGGCUCGGCUAUUACUACAGUUACAAGAUCGGCAGCACUUUGUGGAGAACGAUGACAUGUACUCACUACAGGAUUUGAUUGACAUCUACAGUGGCAGACUCAGCUGUUCCCUCACAGAGAUUCACACCACAUUUGCUAAGCACAUCAAACUAGACUGUGAGCGUUGUCAGGCCAAAGGAUUUGUGUGUGAGCUGUGUAAGGAAGGAGACAUACUGUUCCCUUUUGACAGUCAUACCUCGGUCUGCCACGACUGCUCUGCUGUCUUCCACAGAGAUUGCUACUACGACAACUCCACAACUUGUCCACGUUGUGCCCGAAUGACUGAACGCAAGCAGGAUGAGGAACCAGAUGCGAAAGACGCAUGAGUCUGGACGGGACCACCUGAUGUUACUGGAUGUUGCACUUUGCCUCAUGUUGUGCUGUACUCGAUCAACAUAAGUCUAACAGAAGCUUUUCGUCUUUGUCCCUGGUUUGUUUUGUGCAUAUGUUUAUACUAUAGUGUCUUUAUCCUCCGUGCACUACACAAUGAAGCAGGGUACUUAGAAACCCAUCUGGAAAUUAAUAUAUAUAUAUAUUUUUAUCCAACUUUUUAAUUCGUACUGAAACUGGAUGUUCUGAGCACUGUGUAUGUGUGUCUGUGUGAGUGAUUCGCAUUAGUGUAUGCGUCUGCUUGUAUAAAUGUACAAAAGAAAUGCCCUAUAGAGAAAAGACACCUCGUCAGCAGGUGAUGAUGCAUGCAGCAGUUGUUGUAUAUUAACUGUUACGAGCCUCGACUGCAUUAACCUAUACUGCCAACUUUGCUGAAAACUUAACUCUAAGGUUGCCAUAUGCGGAAAAUGGUUUUGAACUUUAAGGAUUACAAAUACAGCUUCAACUAAAUCACAAAAUUAUAUAACUUGGAAAUUUGCCUUUCAGCCUCUAGUUGUGUGUUUUAUUUAGUUAGCUUACAAGAAGAGAACAAUUAGAAAAUCAAACGGACUGUGUGAUCAAACCAUCACUCUUUCUCUUCCUCCUUUUUACACAUAUUCCAUCAUGAGUCCCAGCAGGUCCUGUCCCUAAAGCAGCCCAUACCCAUCCUCCACUUAUAUUACAUAUCUGUAAUGAUCUGCUCAACAUUUCAUAAGGUCAAAAGAAAAAUAUUUCAAGGCUUUAAAGCAAUAUUUCUUUCCAGCAAAGGUCUGCUUUGAGUUUCUUAAUUGUUAUUUCCCCCCUUGUCAAUAUGCGAAACCUAUACAGUCAUUACAGCCAUAAUUUGAAAUAUUAAUACAUAUACUGGCAAUGGAUAUGCUAUAACCAUCGCAUGCAUUUUCCUGUAAGGAUCGUUGUUAAACUGCAAAAGAAAAGGAUCAAAGAUUUAAAUGUGCUCUCCUUCUGUUCAAAACUGUGACCUAGUCUUAGACCAUUUAAUCUGUGUUUAAUCCGGUUCAGUUUAGUGCAGUGUGUAGCAAAUAGAUGUGAAUACUCAUGUGUGCCUAAAAUAGUCAGGUUACAUACAGCUGUUAUCCAAACGUCUUAAUACACUUACCAUCAUGUUAAUGGUUUCAGUCUUAAAGUAUGUAUAGCACAUGUUGUCCAGCAAUGACAAAGAUGUUAAGUGACACCUUUGGUAAUGUGUACAUGUUGACCUAAAGUAUUUGUUUUAAAAUAAUGAGUUUUGGCUGUGUUAUCUUUCAGCAUGAUAUACUGUAAUUGUUUUUGUUUUUUCAAACUAAUGGACAUACAUGGUGUUCGUAAAAGCCAUGCCCUGAUGUAAAACAUGUGGAGUAGUGCAUGAAUAAAGUCAUGAAAUGCAUUAAA